AUGUCUCUCAGCAAGGAGCAGAUGAAGGCCCUGCGAUUGGUUGUCAACAAAGGCAAGAGCAUGUUCAUUACCAGCUCUGCAGGCACAGGCAAGUUCUUUCUCUUGAAGCACAUCAUCGACUCGCUUCUUGGAAAGCACAGCCACAACUUGGAGUACGUCGCAGUGACCGCCAGUACUGGAGCAGCCGCUUAUGAAAUCGGAGGCCAAACACUCCAUUCCUGGGCAUCCAUGUCACCGGGUGACCGGGAUGUUGGUAUCCUACUGGGAAAGAUUAUGUGCAAGAAGGCUGCAGUUAAUAGCUACGCCAAAGCGAAAGUUCUCAUCAUCAACAAAGGCAAGCACCCAAGUCUCGCCUGA